UCACUACGCUGUCGUUGGCGCAAAUUUAUGUUUACAUCAAUUUUGAAAAAAAUCGUGUGAGCUCUGCAUAUCCAAUUUUGUUAAGUUCCUUUUUCGUCAAAAUGCUAAAAGAUGGAAGGUCAAAUCUCCCCUGGGUGGAAAAAUACCGCCCAGCUACACUUAGUGAUCUCAUUUCCCACGAAGAAAUCAUAUCCACAAUCAACAAAUUCAUCCAAGAGGACCAGUUGCCUCACUUGCUGUUCUAUGGACCACCAGGAACCGGUAAAACCAGUACUAUAUUGGCGUGUGCCAGGCAGCUGUACAAACCCCAAUCCUUCAAUCAAAUGGUACUGGAACUGAACGCCUCCGACGAUCGUGGUAUCGGCAUAGUGCGCGGUCAGAUAUUGAAUUUUGCCUCGACGCGAACGAUUUUCAGCGGUGGCUAUAAGUUGAUUAUUUUGGACGAAGCUGAUGCCAUGACUAACGAUGCACAGAAUGCGCUCCGGCGGAUAAUCGAAAAGUACACGGACAAUGUUCGGUUCUGCAUUAUUUGCAACUAUUUGAGUAAAAUCAUUCCUGCACUGCAGUCACGCUGUACACGGUUCCGAUUUGCGCCCUUGGCUGCUGAGCAAAUUUUGCCUCGGCUGGAGCAUGUCGUGGAAGCGGAAGGGAUUAAAGUUUCCGAAGAUGGGAAGAAGGCUCUUAUGACGUUAGCCAAGGGUGAUAUGAGAAAGGUUCUGAAUGUUCUGCAGAGUACCUGGAUGGCUUACAAAGAUGUGACUGAAGAUAACGUUUAUACCUGCGUUGGUCAUCCGCUUAAAAGUGAUAUAACAAAUAUCGUAAACUGGCUGCUCAACGUGGAGAGUUUCAAGGAAACAUUCGAAAAAAUCCAGGAGCUGAAAACGAACAAAGGUCUUGCAUUGGAAGAUGUUCUCACUGAGAUACAUUUGUACGUCCAUCGGAUGGAGCUUCCACCUCGGGUUAUGUCGCAAUUAUUGAUAAAAAUGGCAGCUAUAGAGGAGCGAUUGGCAGCUGGUUGCACGGAAAAGCCCCAAACGGCAGCUCUUAUUGCAGCGUUUCAAAUCGCCCGCGAUCAGGUCAUUGUCGAGGGUUGACGGUGAUACUGGUGGUACACUGUUAUUUUGGUAAGCAACAAGAAAACCUUAUGCUUCUGAA